AUGCCGGGCGAGGCGGCCGCGGAGGCGGCGCCGGCGCCGGCGGCCACCGAGGCGCCGGGCUCCGGGUCGAGCCCCGGUAACAGCCACGAGAACGACGCCGGCGGCGGCGGAGGAGGUGGCGGCGCCAGCCGCGCCCCCGUCGUCAACGGCAGCAACGUGGAGACGCUGGGCAGAGGCGCGGGCAAACAGAUGGCGGCCGGCGGUGACAGCCGGCUGCUUCGGACCACCCUCCUCGCCGGCUGA